AUUUCCUUUCCUUUUCGAGCCAAAAUCGGUAUUCAUAGCAGGUUGAUAGUGCUACCACUUACCUGAACACCCAACGUGGCUUUUCGAGCGACAGUCCGCAGGAUGACGAACUACAACAUCGACAUCGUGAGCGACACCGUAUGUCCGUGGUGCUAUGUCGGCAAGAAUCGACUGGACCUCGCGAUCAAGCAGCACAAGCAGUCGAACCCGAACGAUACCUUCUCCACGACAUGGCACCCGUUCUACCUCAACCCUGACGCGGCGAAACACGUGGAGAAGCAGGCAUUCUACGAGAAGCGGUUCGGCGCCGAAAGGACGAAGAUGAUGCAAGGCCAUCUUGCAAGGUUGGGCAAGGCAGUCUCUAUUGACUUCAAGUUCGGCGGCAAGACCGGAAAUACUCGCGACAGUCAUCGCUUAAUCCAUUUUGGUCUGACCAAGGGGCAAGAGCAGCAAACAAAAGUGGUCGAGCAACUGUUCAACUGUUAUUUCGAGAACGAAGAGGACAUAAGCGAUCGAGAAGUCUUAAUCGCGCGGGGUGUGAAGGCCGGACUACCAGAACAGGAGGUCCGAGACUGGCUAGAAUCCGAUAAGGGUGGUCAUGAGGUCGACAAGGAAGUUGCAAAGGCACAGUCAGGAUUCAUCAGCGGAGUGCCCAACUUCACAAUCAACGGACAGUAUGAAGUGCAAGGAGCCGAGGAGCCGGGAGCGUUUUUGCAAAUUUUUGACGAAAUCAAAGGUCGCGCAGAUGGAGCAGGAGUGGUCAGCAACGGCGGCAACACAUGCUAGAUGCAUAUGAAUGUUGUGACAUUCUGAUGCUUGUGGGCCGAUCACCAGCAGCACUUGUGUGUCGCCGCAUAUUGUACGACGAAAGCGCGAUAGGAUAUGGCCGGCACUGCGAUUUCCAACCAAGGACGCACCAAGUCAUCGAGAUUGCAAGGAGGAUGGAGAAUUGUCUUGUUUGGAUGAGCGUCUGGAUAAAUGAUUAUGGAUAUUCCGUCGCUUAGAGUUCGGCGAUCCGCACGGCACGAGUUUUAGCGUCACGACCUCACAUGUGAAUCAAAUCUUCUUCCUAUUGCU